AUGGAGAGUUUGCAGCAAGGAGUUCCAGAAAUUCAGGGUAUAGUGACUGAAAGUACAACCGCAAAUGGUGGAACAGAGGGCAGCACAGCGCUGCUGCUGCUGCUGCUGCUGACAGCCCAGGCUUCAGCCACUGGCUGGGGGUGGAGGAGGGAAGGGUUCAGUCACUGUGCAGUGUUGGAUGCAAAAGGAAAAUACCACCUCCGAUGGAAACAUGACAACCAGAGUGUCACCUUCGAGCUGGAAGUUGAAACCAGGGGCUAUGUGGGAUUUGGGCUUUCGCCAUCGGGAUCCAUGGCUUGGUCAGAUAUUGUGAUAGGAGGAGUUGCAAACGGGCAGCCCUAUCUCAAGGAUUAUAACACGUUGAACAUAGAUGGAAAAGUGAGGGAAGAUGACCAGCAGGAUUAUCAGUUGGAGUAUGGUAUGGAAAAUAAUACACAUACAAUCCUGGCUUUCUCUCGAAAUUUGAAGACCUGUGACAAUAAUGAUAAAAUAAUAACGGAUAACACCGUAAGGGUGAUUUGGGCCUACCAUCCUGAAGAUGUUGGUCGAGAUGGUCCAAAAUAUCAUUCACUAAACCGCGGGAGAAAAAGUCUACAUUUAUUGGAUCCUGACAUGGACAGGGUUAUUCCAAGUGACUUGUUGGCAUUUGAUAUAAGACAUUAUAACAUAUCAGUACCUGAAAAAGACACCACCUACUGGUGCCAAAUCUUUAAGCUUCCAGAACUGAACAAAAAGCAUCAUGUGAUAAAGGUUGAGCCCAUUAUUCAGAAAGGACAUGAACCCUUGGUCCACCACAUUCUGCUGUAUCAGUGCCACAGCAGCCUGAACGACAGCGCCGUUGGCAUCAGUCACGAAUGCUACCAUCCCAAUAUGCCAGAUGAAUUUGAUAUAUGUGAAAGUGUCAUUUUUGCAUGGGCAAUUGGAGGAAAGGGAUUUUCCUAUCCCUCCAAUGCUGGGCUUUCAAUUGGUACUGCAACAGAUCCAGUUUACGUGAUGAUGGAAAUACAUUACGAUAAUCCAACAUAUCAAGAAGGAUUGAUAGACAGCUCUGGGCUAAAGCUUUUCUACACGCCUAAGUUGAGGAAGUAUGAUGCUGGGAUUAUUGAAACUGGUGUGUGGGUCAGUCUUUACCAUAUGAUACCACCCGACAUGCCAAAAUAUAUUUCACAGGGUCAUUGCACUGUGGAAUGCUUGGAAGAGGCCCUGUCUCAUGAAAAUCCUUCUGGGAUCCAUGUGUUUGCUGUCCUUCUCCACUCACACCUUGCGGGGCGAGCACUGAGAACAAGGCAUUUCCGUCAUGGUGUGGAGCAACCUCUGCUUGCACAUGAUGACGAGUUUGACUUCAAUUUUCAAGAGUUCCGCUACCUGCAAGAGGAAAGAGUACUUCUGCCUGGUGAUAGUUUGGUGACUGAAUGCCAGUAUAACACCUCAUCCCGAAGCAAUAUGACAUGGGGUGGUCUAAGCACAAGAGAUGAAAUGUGUCUGUCAUACUUACUGUACUAUCCAAAAAUAGACCUCGCUAGAUGUGAGAGUCUUCCUGAAAUAACUCAGCAGCUGAAAUUUAUCGGAGUCAAAGAAAUUUACCAACCAGUUGUGACAUGGCCCUUUAUCAUCAAAAGCCCUAAAAAAUACAAGAACCUUUUCUUCACUGAAGCAAUGGAUAAAUUUCGAUGGUCCAGGAAGAAAGGAAAAGAAUUUAAUGAUCUUGUACAUAAGAUUGAGAUGAACGUUAGAUGUGCUAAACACAACCCAGGAGAAUGGCUGGUGCAUGGCAUACCAAUGUUACCACCAGAUUCACUAGUACCUUGGGAACCCAAACCAGAGCCAAUUACCUGUCAGACAAUACAGCACUGCCCAGAUAAACUUAUUAUCCUUUUGUUACUCCUUAUAUGUACUGUUGUUAAUACAAGAAAGUGAUCAACAUGUAUAAACAUAAACAUACUGUGCAUUUUUAUAUUUAAACNUUUUUUUACUUUUUAUGCUGAGAAAUGAAAUUGUGUUGUCAAAUCGCUUUCAUCUUUGCAGGAUAAUUUUUAUUGCAAAUAAUUAUUGAAAGAUGAAAUUUUUCACAAAUAUUUUACUGCUUGUUGAUCUCCCAGGAUGUUGCUUUUUUAAUAAUACACAUGGCGUUUUCAACAAGCGGACUGUUCAAUUGGAAAUUGACAACAACGUAAAUUGAUCACCAGUAAUUCACUGAAUGUCAUACUUCUAAACCCUAUAUUCCUAUGUUGCACAUCUGUGUUCGACUUCAGACAGAUCCAAUACAAGCAAACAAUAAACUUGUUUCAUGACGUG